AUGUUUGGUUACCCUCCAGUGCAACGGCAAGAAUUAAACAGACGUCUCGGUCUCGAUGACGAUAAUGUGGUAAAUUCGGUCCUGGCCACGCAUGCGAAUGUUUCAUUAAAUCACUGGAUCGGUUCGGACGAUUUGGAAGAUCAAACGCCGUCCAGAAGUGGACCGAUCUGUCAGCUGGACGUCGCGACUUGUGUUCAAACGGCCUACACCUCGAGAAACGCGAAGGUUGGUAAAAGGUCGGCUCCUCCUAGUCCGGGUCAAUCUGGCGCCGAUCAGCCCCGUGUCAAGCAGCCACGUGCAGAAGUGGCAGCGCCAUCCGAUGAGGACUCUUUGGACGCAUGCCCAUCCUGGCCCCUGGAUCGCAUCUGUACCAAUCUAUUGGGUGAUUUGUGGGCUUUGCGUUGGGAGACACGUCACGGUGCUGCCUCUGGGUUGCGUGAACUCCUGUCCGAGCCUAGGCACACUUGGCAGGCGGGCAAAUGUGCUGGGAUGUCAGAAAAAGAGAUGAUUCAAAGUAACUCGCGUUAUUUGGAAGAUAUUCUAGUACGCGUAUUAUGCACCCUGGCUUUGGAUCAAUUGUCCGAUUUUGUAUCCGACGAGGUUGUCGCCCCCGUUCGUGAGACUGCCGCCCAGUUGCUCGGGGUGCUGAGUCGUCAUUUGUCAGAGGAACGUGUCUUAUUAGAUCUACGAUUUGUGCUGUUACCUCUGGUUACUCCCUGUCUUGUGGCACAACUCGAAGGUCACAGUGCUUCGUCUUCCAUCGAACCACACAGUUUAGGCGAGAGCAGGAAUUCCACGCACUCGGUGGCAGAUGAGGAUAUUCGGGCCGCGGCUGCCUCCGCUCUCAUUCCCGUAGUCGAUGCGGACUGGCUAUCCACUUUGGGCUGUCCGCGUGUACGUCAGCUGAUCGAUAACAUAUGGCAUUUGCUACGUGAUUCAACCACGGAUUUGUCACCUUCCACAGGACCGCUGCUACAACUGAUCUGUGCUUUGACCAAGGCUCACACCGAGAUUACUCUGCGCAGGAAACCGGAUACAAUGAAAGAAGAAGAGCAGAGUCACGAUAGUUUUUGUAUUGAAGAAAUUGUUUAUGCAUGUGCUUACUUACUCACUUAUGGUGAACCGCGAUACGAAACGUCACGCGCCCAAUUUCCGUUCGGUUUGCUCGUUCAGAAAGAAGCUUUGCGUGCUCUCCGGCAAAUUCAACUCCCAGCCGAACUACUACAAUUGGUGAUCGAUCAGUUGUUUCAUCGCAUUCUCCUCGAAACAUCCACUUCGGUUAGAAGUUUGGCUACCAAGAUUUGUAUCGACGUGAUCGAAUCCGCGGAACUCGUUCAGUGCACCCGGGCAUGUGUGGAUCGAUUGGAUUUCUGGUUGUGUCAGGCCAUGCAGCCCGUGGGUGUACCAUUUCCACCGCAUUUGUUUACCGCUCUCGUGCCAGCUCAUCCCACUAUCCCGGUGGAGCAGCCCAAAUCGACGGCAUCUCCGGACGGGGUUGAUUCUGUGAAUCCGAGCGAAGCAGUUCCGGAUGCCCAGAGUGUUCCCAACGGUGCUCCACCCGAUCCUGCACUCCACGUGCACGAACACGGCUACUGUAUUGGUGGCUCACAUUCCGUGUCCAGCAAUGGUCCUACACAACAAGAGGCUUUCGUGUGGGAAACACGUAUUCACGCAGUUCGUGUUUUGGCUCGUCUUUUCGCCCGAGUCUGUCAGUGUACGCAAAUUGGAAUGCCCAGCGGGAAAGUCACGAUUUCGGACAAGCCUGUGGACUCGGGUCCGGUGUCGUCCGCGGUAUAUCUGCUCCCGUUCUUUCUGGACCAGCUCAUGUGCUGUUUACACCUCCACGAGCGACUAGCAAUGCAACGAUUUAUUGGCGGUCUAGUUCUGUCAUCUUGGGCUCUGCUACCCAGCAACUCUAAGAUCGACAGCACCUGGGCCUCUGUCCUAGCGGACACGUCACCGAAUGUAUCCGAUUCUCAAAGUGUGGUCAGUUUGCCUGCAAAGCUCCGGGCCCGUUUGGAAUCAUGUUUGACUGAAGUGAUCUAUUACGAAGAGAUUUUGGGUGUGUUCAAAUUGAUGCAAGAAGACUGUCGUGAAUUGAUUUGUACGCUCCAAUCGUUGGGCAUCGGCGAGGAUCCAAUUUUCACAUUCAGAGGUGUGCGUACCAUUGCACAGUGCCUGACAAUGCUAGAUAAAGCGUCUAAACAACUGGACGACCUAGCCCCGGACACCACUGGAGCUGCUGAUCCCGAGGCGUAUCGUACCGCAGUCUACAAGCUAGAUCGGGCCCGUUCCACGGUUGAACGAUGCUUAGCACUACAACUGCAUUGGGGUAGUUGGGUGGAGUUCGCCAUUGCUUCCGCCUUGACCAAUCUGAACUGGCUUCUACCCGGUCGGCUGAGUUUACUCAUUCGACCGUUUAUGGAUACCAUCCGGUGCAUAUGUCCCACUCCGACCACGGGCGAAUUGCAGUCUAGCAAGAAUGUGGAACUGAUGCUCACUGUCCAGAUGCCACCGACUGGUUCGAUUCUAGCCCUGCAACGUCUCGCCACCGCAUGUUUGGCCCGAUUACUCCAACUG